UUCAGAAACUAAUGUAGAGUAUCAAAAUAGUGAAAACUGUGGUUAUUAAGCUUCACACCUUCGUAAUAUCAAUAAGAACAUUUAAUCGUACACAAAUCUCAAGGUAAAAAUGUGUCCCAGUACUGAAGGAGUUAACGCUGAGGUCCCGCAUUUGUUCCUCGCCUUGUCUCGGAGUGUAGGCGACGUCACACACACACACACACACACACAUGGCAGCUGCAGGGUCAGGGAUGUUGUGGCCGCGUGAGGCUGGUAAAUUCAUCGCCAGUUUAUCCAGAGACGUGAAGAUCAGGCCAGAUGGGGUCACGAAGACUGCCAGGGUGGUUGCCGACGCCGUGAAGUCAGGUCAGCUCGGCAUGGAGGCUUUUAAACAGAAUGAGGUGCUGCCACUGGGCCGGGGACUCACCCAGGGGCAGCUCGCUAACUGGGUCUUCCUCAUCGACUCGCUCAAUUUCAAUUUCUGGACACCCGACGGACUGCCCAAGUACACCGUCACUCACAAGGGGAAGACCUACACCGGCUACAUGGCCAUGGUCGCUGCUGUCAACCGAGCGCUGGACGAGGGGCGCCCCAUGUGUGACCCUGCCCACUACUCCACGCUGACCCUGCAGGACCUCACUCACAUCUUCCGCUCAGAGACGCCCUCACAGAUGCCCCUUCUGGAGAAACGUUUUGAGGUCCUACAGGAAAUAAGUGGCAUCCUGAAGGAGAAGUUUGGUGGUUCCUUCGAGGGGGUGAUCAGAAAGGCGGAGAACAGCGCAGUGAAGUUGGUGGAGGUAGUGACGGUGUUUCCCUUGUUUCCGGACGUUGCUUCUUUUGAGGGGCGUCCUGUUGCAUUGUACAAGCGAGCACAGAUACUGGCAGCCGACCUGUGGAUGCUGUACCGUGGGGAAGCUCCUGGGGCCUUCACUGACUUGAGAAAGUUGACCAUGUUUGCUGAUUAUCGAGUUCCGCAGUCCCUGGCUUACCUCGGUGCUCUGGAAUACUCUGACGCCCUGAUGGAAAGGCUGAAGGACCAGUAUUUGUUCAGCAGUGGAGACAGAGAAGAGGUGGAGAUCCGAGGGUGUUCCAUCGAGGCAACAGAGCAGAUCGUGGAGGCUGUGCGGAGUGUUCUGCAGGCGGAGGGAGGCGGGGACAUCACUAGUGUUGAGGUGGACUUCUUUCUGUGGGACUAUAGAGUGAAACAUGCAGCUGAGGUGGACAAAAUUCCUUACCACAGAGUGAGGUGCAUCUUUUAUUAGUGUGUGGGUUUUUUUUUUUUUUUUUUUUUUUUUUUAGUUGUAUUAACUUAGUUGUAUUGUACAGGGUUCGAGUGGGGCUCAGUGUC